ACUCAUCACUGCACCACCACACACCACACUCACUCACACACUCUCACACAAGCUUGAAGCGGUGUGUGUGUCGGUUUCUACUCGUCGUCCGUCCCGGUUGAUGCUUUAAUAUUACAUAACGUUUUGACACAUGACAUUUUAAACUGCGGGGCUGAAACCAUUACGGCUGGAUGAGUGGGCCAACCUUCACCUCCCCCUCUGCAGAGGCGGCUGAGAUGAGCCGCAUUCAUUAUGAGUUGGAGUACACAGAGGGCAUCAGCCAGCGCAUGCGAAUCCCUGAGACCCUCAAGGUGGCCUCGGAGAAACAAACAGGGUCUCUGCCACUUCAGCAACCCCUGCCCGUUCACACAGCUCUGAUGCAGGUGCCAGAGAGGAUCGUGGUAGCAGGUGAUGAUGGGGACCCUCUAUUUUCCCGACCAAGAGACUUGGACUUAAUUCAGUCCAUCCCUCCCGUGGACCUCCUGAACAUGAAGGCCCCACCGCGUGUCCUCACCCUUACAGAACAGCCACUGGACUCCCUUGAAACUGAACAAACUGCCUCUUCACAGAGUAAUCCCAGCCAGCCGGUCCACUUUCAUGCUCGGUCUCGAAGGGAACGCAGUGCGAGUGAGAACAUAUCUGGCCGCCACAGCAGUCAGAUUGUCAGAGGUGAUUUAAGUGUAACCCCUUCCCCUUCUGCCCCCCCAGUCCGCUUGUGUCCCCCUCUCUGUUCCCCUGAGGAUGCAAACAUCAACCUGUUUACAGCUGCGGGGUUCCUGUCUUAUAUCCAGUCAACAACACGCCGGGCAUACCAGCAGGUCCUCGAAGUGCUGGAUGACAGCCACCGCAGGUCACACCUGGACUUGGCCCUGGAUAUAAACCCUGAUGAGUCUGGCUUAGUGGACGCCUCCUCACUACGACGACAGAUUGUGAAGUUGAACCGGCGUCUGCAGCUGCUGGAGGAAGAAAACAAAGAACGCUCCAAGCGAGAGGUCAUCCUGUAUUCUGCUACUGUGGCAUUCUGGCUUAUUAACACCUGGAUCUGGUUCCGUCGCUAAGAUGGGACAAGACAGAGUCUCCCAAAACACUGGAAGCCAAAGCAAUUCCUUGUUCAUGGUGCAACCAUUUAAAUACAGUGAGUCAUUACUGCAUCUGAAUGCAACCACAGGAAACUACAACAGCAAUGGGAAAAGUCAUCCACUACAAUCUUCAGUGUUUCUACAGCAAAUUCUAUAUUGGGAUUUCACAAAUGUCAAGGUGUGACAUGAGGCAGUAAAACAUAACCCAUGUUUACAAAAGUUUGGUAAUGUUUGGUUAGUCAACUAGAUGUUACUAAAUCUUACAUUCAAACUAGAGAACUAGAGAUAAAGCAUAUCUCACAUUCAAGAAUUCAUCUAUGUAUUUCAUUCCUUUGGCAAGACAAAGCACAAUGACACUACAGCUGGAGUUUUACAAAAUACUAGCAACUGCUCUGAUGUGGUGAGCUGAGGUUUAUGUUACAGCAGCAACAUACACAAGUUACCUUAUUUGGCUAAAACUAGCUACGACAUGAAUUGCUGUCCAACAGUUAUAAUCUCUGAAUCACUUUUAAAGUUUGAGCUUUUUCCACCUUUUAAAUACUAGACCAACGUUAACGUGAGUUUACAGCGAUACAGAUAAUAUAGAACAUGAGGUCUGGUUUAAAGUAGCAAACAAAUAGCUAAGAAAAUAUUACUGAUUGCACUUUUAAGCUUGAUAAAUCCUUGAUAUGGCACCAACAGAUUUUAAAGUGAUUCCUUGGGAGAAUAUACUACGUUUGUAAAUUAGAUUUUUUUUUUAGAUUCAGGAGAAGAAUGAUUAGACGUGAAACAAGGAUUUACUUAAGCGACACAUGUUUUGGGAAGCUAACCCAGAGCUGGAACUUUACAGGACCAAGCCUUAGACCUGACCUGUCUUGUCUGUUUAAAAAUGAGAUUCACCAGUUUUGUCAAAAACGACCAUUCUUAAAGUGUCAAAGUAAGAUGAUUAAUUCUAGAGAUGCCAUAACAUUUACCCCGAAUGUCCUUCUCAGUUCUGCAUUACCCAAAAGACUUAUGUACUCUACUUGAAUAGCCUAUUGUCGAAAUGUUGUAGUUUGUCCUUAAUGUACUUUUUUUUUUUUUUUUUUUACCUCUUUGGCAGUGACUUGCCUCAGGAUUCUCUUAUUAGCUUGAAGUGGCAAUAAAAAUACAAAGGGUAGGAUACUAAGGUCCAGUGAAGUGAUAAUGUUUUCCAACUACUGUUUCUAUCAUUCAAGCUUGUUUUUUUGUUUUCUUCAGAGAAUUUAACCACUUAUGUUACUUAUAAGACUACAAGCAUGGACUCUGUGGUUUUAUUCAUCAUAUGGUGUCAUAUAAAUCCUGAAACUACUGUCUGUAUGAUCAUGUGUAAUAGAUGGCUAUGUAUCUUUGAAAUAUUUGAGAUGAUCGUGUAUUUCAUGGAGGUUUGUGAAUCACAUAUAAUGCAGGGGCAUUAACAAAAUGUUGCAGUGACCUUUCUUUUCUGUUAAGCGCUGUAUGUUUUACUUAAAGCUGGAGUUUUAAGUUAAAUAUUUUACUUCCUUUGUAAUAUAUGAAUACAUUCAUUGUUAUUCUUUUUGCUGUAAUAAAUGAUGGAUGUUUC